AUGGUGUCCUUGCGCGACAUCCUCCCGUUCAGCACAAAGGUCUGCGUGAUGAAGCGCGUCCGCUCAGACGGCAGCGUCGAGCUGUACUGCGAGCGGCCUACCAAGGCAAACGCCAGCCGGGACGAGUGCAUCGAAUGCCUCCCAGUUGAGGACUGCCAAGAGAUUUACGGCCUGGACCCGACUCCUGUCUUUGCUACCUCCAAGCGCGAGUACUACACCAUGGAUGGACAACUCUACUCGCGCCCCGCUCAGCAGCCUGCACGUUCCUCGCAGUCGUCCAACAGCUCCAGCAGUUCUCGGGAUCGCAAUCACGAAUCGAGACGAUCUCACCAUUCCCGGUCCACAGCACCCGUCUUGCGACCAGGAAACCCCGUCACCAAUAACUCGACGCGCAUUUCGAACGCAGGAAACAACCGACACACAGAGCGCCACUCAAGCCGCUUGUCCAACAAUGGCUUCAUUCUAAACGGCAAUGGUAACACAAUCAACUUCCACAACAACCGCACCCACCUCAACUAUUCGGGCAAUGCCACUUCCUCUUACCAUGAGAAUCGCCGGUACAACACCCACUCCGCGAGCCAGAAUCGUCGUCCCAGCCCAGACGUCGAACUGCGCACAAGAGGCUACUCUCCUCCCCGUGAGCGCUCCGAUUUCUCCGCCGCCGAGCAAGCUGCCUGGGAGGAACGCCAGUGGCGAAAGCUUCAAGAGGAGGAGUACGGGCGGGACAGAUCGCCUUCGCCUUGCUAUGACUACGAAGACAAUCGCGACGACCGUGUGAACCGGCAAGAGCGUUCCCGCUCCAGACGUCGCGAGGACAGCCGCGGAAGAUUGUCAACCGUGUACCACGACUGCGAGGACGACCGCGACGAGCACGACGAUCGCUCCCGCUCCAGACGUCGCGAGCACAGUUGCGGAAGAACUCAUUCCACUUACUACGACUACGAUGACAACCAUGGCGAGCCUCAAGAGCGUCCUCGCACCAGCCUUCGCGAGCGCAGUCGUCGCGAAUACAGCCGCGCAAGAUCUCCUUCCCCUUACUCCGAUUACGAAGACAACCGCAACGAUCGCGACGAGCGCGAAGAACGCCUCCACUCCCGCCGCCGUCAACGCAGCGAUUCGAUCGAAGUCCUCGACUCCCGGUUCAUCUACGCUGGCAGUGGCGAGUUCCAGGGUGGUGGUUGGAUCUACGCCACCCAGAGGGAAUACAGCGCUGACGGCGGCUUCACCUACGUGGGCGAGGGUCGCUACGACAGCGACGGCAGGGAGUACAGCCGCUGA